CGGCGAUGGCUGCUCUUGCACAACAAAUUAAGCAUUCCGCUGCUCAACAACUCCCCCACGGUCGCCACGCAGUUCAUCUUCUUUUAGCAAAUCGUCCACUUCUCCCAAGUCAUCGGGGGUUUCCUCCUCUGUUUUCUUGCUCAUUCUCCUCUGCUGUCCUUAAGCUAUUCUUUCGUGUGCUUUGGUUUCUUCUUGACCCAAUAAGACAUGGCGACAACGGUAGAUUGGCGCAGUUGUAACCCCGAUCUUCUUGCCGCGACGUACUAUAACACGCAGGAGAGCAGAGAUGUAAUGCAGGCGGCGCUUGCUCCGUCCAUGGGGCUGCAAGGCGCGAUGGCUCCGACAAUCUCCUUCUCCUCCUCCUACCCCUGCUCCGGCUUGGAGCAGAGCGCGAGCUACUUCACUCCCGCGCAGAUCCUUCAGCUCCAGUCGCAGCUGCACCAGCGCCACGUGCGCCGGGCGCCGGGCGCGGCCAUGCCCGCGGUGCCGCAGCCGAUGAAGCGGCACGGCGUGGCCGCGCUCCCGGCGCGCCCGGCCGCGGCCAGCAAGCUGUACCGCGGCGUCCGGCAGCGGCAUUGGGGAAAGUGGGUGGCCGAGAUCCGGCUGCCACGCAACCGCACCCGCCUCUGGCUCGGCACCUUCGACGCCGCCGAGGAGGCCGCGCUGGCCUACGACGCCGCGGCGUUCCGGCUCCGCGGCGACUCCGCAAGGCUCAACUUCCCCGAGCUCAGGCGCGGCGGCGCGCACCACGGCCCCCCGCUCCACCCCGCCAUCGACGCCAAGCUCCGCGCCAUCUGUGACCUGCCCCCGCAGCAGAGCCAGAGCGAUGCGACGCCGACGCCGAGUUCUUUAAUGCCGGACGUGGUGAAGAGCGAGUUCUUUCCCGGCUGCUGCUCCGGCUCCGAGAGCUCGUCUUCGGGGGACGGCGAGGUGUCGUCCACGGGCUCCUCCGACGUCGUCCCGGAGAUGCAGCUCCUGGAUUUCUCGGAGGCUCCGUGGGACGAGUCCGAGAGCUUCGUGCUGCGCAAGUACCCGUCGGUCGAGAUCGAUUGGGACGCCAUCCUUUCCUGAAUCCUCCUGCCUGAUAGACAUAUACGGCGGCGCUCCGUGCCUUUUCUAAUCUUGUGAUUCAUUCACAGCUCGAAGUGUUCAGUGUUUCUUUCAUUAGGCUCUUCUCUUGGAUAGGUUGUGGGCUUGAUCGUGUAAUCUUGUGUUAGGAUCAUCCCCUGGUCUGCUUGGGUUUUUGAAUGGCAUUGCCAGGAAGGAGGUUUCAGUACUUUGGUCUGUGGAAACUAUUAGUCUGCAUGCGAAGGUUUUAAUUUGUAUAGUUCAACUCUACAUACUAUCCAAUAAAGAAUCACUUCUGCACUCGAAA